AUGGCUAUCAUCAAUCUGUUUGUAGUUGUACCCACUGAACCAAAAUUCUUCAGGACUUUCACUAGCCAGCCAUGGCCUCCAAGAACCUGUACCUUGUGCCAUGCACCUACUACCACUAGCUGUGCUGGGUCUCCUGGUCUUGUACAAUGCUCAGCUCUUGUCAACAAGCCAUGUGAUCAAGCACCCAUUAGGCGAUCAGCAAACUACCAACCUCCCAUUUGGGCACAUGAUUAUGUUCAGUCACUCACAAGUGAUUAUCAGGGAAGUAAAUAUACAGAAAGGUCGGAUGAGCUGAAGAGGCACAUGAAAAUGAUGCUCGAGGAAGAAGCAGAACCACUGGACCAAUUAGAGUUAAUAGAUAACUUGCAAAGACUAGGGGUAUCUUACCAAUUUGAGGAUGAAAUCAAGAGUGUUAUGGAGAACAUAUACAAUAAUGGCAGCGAUGAUAAGUGGCACAAAGAAGACUUAUAUGCCACAGCUCUUGGAUUCAGACUCCUAAGACAGCAUGGUUAUAAUGUUUCUCAAGAGAUAUUCAACUCUUUCAGAAACAGUGAGGGAAAUUUAAAGCCAAACCUUUGUGAGGAUACAAAGGGAAUGCUAUCCUUGUAUGAAGCUUCACACCUUGCAGUGGGAGGUGAAAGUGUCUUGGAGAAGGCAAGAGAAUUCAUCACCAAACAUCUGAAAGAGAAGCUUGAUGAGCAGAAAAUAGAUCCAAAUCUUGCUAUAUUUGUGGACCAUGCCUUGGAGCUUCCUCUACAUUGGAGGGUGCCAAGGUUGGAAGCAAGGUGGUUCAUAGAAAUGUACGAAAAAAGACCAGAGAUGAAUCCUAUUUUACUUGAACUUGCUAAAUUGGAUUUCAACGUAGUCCAAGCAAUACACAGGAGUGAUCUAAAAUUUGCGUCCAGGUGGUGGAAGGGUACAGGCCUUGGAGAGAAGCUGAAAUUUGCUAGGGACAGGUUGAUGGAGAAUUUCCUGUGGACUGUAGGAGUAAUCUUCGAGCCUCAAUACGGAUAUUGUCGGAGAAUGUUAACGAAGAUCAAUGCAUUGGUAACAACAAUUGACGAUGUGUACGAUGUUUAUGGUACUUUGGAUGAACUUCAAUUCUUCACGAAUGCCGUUGACAGAUGGGACAUUAAUGCAAUGGAGCAACUUCCAGAGUAUAUGCAGAUAUGCUUCCUUGCACUCUACAACUCCAUUAAUGAAAUGGCUUAUGACUCCCUUACAGAACAAGGCGUUCAGAGCAUUUCCUACCUAAGAAAAGGGUGGGCAGAUUUAUGCAAGUCUUACUUACAAGAGGCGAAUUGGUACUUCAAUGGAUAUACACCAACCCUGGAAGAGUACCUUGAGAAUGCGUGGGUUUCAAUUUCAGCUCCUCUAAUACUUGUACAUCUUUAUUUUUUGGCCUCAAAUCCAAUAACAACUGAGGCGUUGGAAUGCUUGGACAAGUAUCAUGAUAUAAUCCGAUGGUCUUCAAUGAUUCUAAGACUUGCAGAUGAUUUGGGAACGUCAUCGGAUGAGAUGAAAAGAGGUGAUGUACCUAAAUCAAUCCAAUGUUACAUGAAUCAAACUGGAGCUUCCGAAGAAGAUGCACGUGAACACAUACGAUUUCUUAUCAGAGAGACAUGGAAAAAACUGAAUGAAGAUCGAGUUGCAGACUCUCCAUUCUCUCAGAGCUUUAUUGCAAUGGCAGUGAACCUCGGCAGGAUGGCACAGUGUAUGUACCAACAUGGAGAUGGGCAUGCUUCUCAAGGCAGUGCGACCAAGGAACGCAUAUUGGCAUUGCUCAUUGAGCCCAUUCCUCUUACUUAG